UUAGCAUUUAGCAUGCAAAAGUAUCAGUCUUUGACCCAUUGCCACCCCUGCAAGCCGUAGCUGUAGUUGGUGGCGCGUGAUAAGGUCUCAGGGGUUUUCAUAUUUACUGAUUUCAGAGGGAGGUGAUGGGUCAGAGAAUUAGUUGCAGAAAAGGCCAUAAGCAUGCAUUGUUCAGUGCUGUGGAGGAUGGCGACCUGCAGUUGAUUGAGGCUAUGGUGGAGACAGACUCAACCGUUUUGCAGAUCAGGGAUGGUUACGGAAGACAAUCUGCACUGCAUUUGGCAGCUGCUUAUGGGCAGAUCGAGGUUCUUUCUAUGCUUUUGGAUCGGUUCUUUUUAUAUACCAAGCCAGAUGUGUUGAAUCGCUAUAAACAGACUCCAUUAAUGGUGGCUGCAAUGCAUGGGAAGGCAUCUUGUGUGAAGAAGCUCAUAGAAAGUGGAGCAUUUAUUCUGAAAUUUGAUUCUCUUCAUGGAAGAACUUGCUUACACUAUGCUGCAUACUAUGGCCAUCCAGAUUGCCUGCAAGCCAUUUUAACUGCCGGCCGCACCAGUCCUAUAGCAGAUUCUUGGUUUUUCUCCCUUCUGUGUGAGUUUGCUUUUCAAUAUAAUCAUUUCAUGACAGAAUUGGAUGGCAUUGGCAGGGGAUUUGCUAGAUUUGUAAACAUAAGAGAUGAAAACGGAGCAACGCCACUGCACUUGGCAGCUCGCCAUGGAUGGUCAGAAUGUGUUCAUAGCCUCUUAGAAAAUGGGGCUCUUGUUUGUGCUUCAACCGGUGGAAAUGGCUACCCAGGAAGUACACCUCUUCAUUUUGCUGCUCAGGCUAGCUCGUUGGAGUGUAUACGGGAAUUGCUUGCUUGGGGAGCAGAUAGGCUUCAGCCAGAUGCAUCAGGGAGAAUACCAUAUGUAAUUGCAUUGAAGUACAAGCAUCAAGCUUCUGCAGCCUUGUUGAAUCCUUCAUCUGCUGAGCCUCUUGUCUGGCCCUUGCAAUUAAGGUUCAUGACUGAUCUAAAUCCAGAGACAAAAGCACAACUAGAAAAGGCCUUGAUGGAAAGAAAUAAAGAGUGGGAGAAAGCCAUUUUGAACAAGACAACCCCCUCACUUCCAUCGCCUUCACCUUCUGAGGCCGGUGAUGUUGAGCUUUGCUGCAUCUGCUUUGAACGUGUGUACUCGAUUGAGAUCAGAGCAUGUGGGCAUCAAAUGUGUGAUCAGUGCACUCUAGCCUUAUACUGCCACAAGAAACUUGACCUCACAACAGCCGUUCCCGAGGCCCCCAGUUGCCCCUUCUGCCGCUGCAGCAUCGCAAACCUAGUUGCUGUUAAGGUUAUCAACGAUGUGACAGAGAUGGAAGUUAGUCACUCCAAUCCAAGGAGAUCUAAGAAGUCCAGGAAUUCUGGUGAAGGCAGCAGCAGCAGCUUCAUGGGUUUAUCAACCAUGGGCUCAUUUGUUAAAAUCGGUGGUCGAAAUUCAGGAAAACUUGCAGCUGAAUGCAACGAAGCAGGUGAUAAGUUUUUACAGAUGGUAGCUGCGGAUCCUCAUUCUUGCCUUGUAAGUUGAUAAAGUUGAAGUGCAUCAACAUUCAAAUCGCUUUGAACUGGGCUUAUUUUGGUGCAAUUUUUCAAAUUCAUAUGGAACUUGUAAGACAUGAGCAAGAGAAAAAAGGUCCUGCAAGUGAUUUUUGGUUAAUGAAG